AUGUCUUCCAGCUUUCAGACGACGCCCGCAAAAUCCUCCCGCGUCACUAAACCCGCCCGCCGCAAGAGCAACAACCCGUUGCUACGCCGUUCGUCUUCGUCGGCGUUCACCACAAGUCCGCGUCGCAAGCCGUCGACCGAGUCCACCAAGGUCGGCGGUGGCAGCGAUGAGAGGAUAUUUGAUGAACCGCUAGAUGACACGGGUCUCGUGGCCUCGUUAGCCACCGAUCUCGAGCUGCGCGAUGUGCCCCAGUUUAUUCAGAACGUCAAGGCCAGGAUGUUCACGCCUUUCCCUGAGCGCGCAUCCGGCAUGAAUGCUCAGAGGACGGCAGAAGUGCUGAACUUUCGCAUUAACCUACCACCGGUCGCAUCUGUGGCGCAUGUGCAUGCUCUAAGCAAGUCUCCCACUGUUACAGAAAGAGAGAUGGCGGAGUUAACGCGCGCUGGGGUCAUACGGAAGGUUGUGAUACCAGGACGAGGUGUCGGUAACGCUGCUGUAGGAGAAGGUUUGGUGCUCGUCUCGGAGUGGGAGAAGCUGGUUCGCUCGCAUCCAGAUUUGGAUGAUGCGAUGAAAGAGAAGUAUAUUUCACUGCUGCACUCACAACCGACUUCAGCCACCGUAUCGGCUUCGCAGCUCAGCAAAGAAGAAAUAUCAGUAUUCUGUAGCGCUGGAUUUUUGACUUCAGCGAACCUUCCUGCUGGGAACGCCGAGCUCUUCUCCCGCCCCGGCGCCGCGUCCUUGGGCUCGCUCGCCAGCUCCAGCGCCAAAGCUGCGUCCGGCUCGCUAAAUGCUGUUGGGGGCGCCAACGCCUUUACAUCCAGCGGUGCUAGUGGAGGUGGUGUGGUAUCGACCGACAGACAAAGGAAAGCGCCGGGCGGGGUCUACAGCUUUGCGCUGCCCAACAUGGGGCCGUACCUUCGGUUGUUGACCACUGCGCGUGCGCAUCUGCUGAGCCUGCUGAGCAAGACGUCCAGAUACAAGGAGGCGCCCAUGAGCCUACUCAAGGAACGCUGGGACGGAGGUAUCGCGGGUGAGGAUAUGGCAAGCAAAGCGCGCAAGGCGAGAGGCGACUUUAGCGGCGUAUUGCCCGGGCGGACGAAGAAGUGGAAGUCGUUCUAUGGCUUGAGCUUCGACUGGGUUCUCGAAGAGUGCGCAGGCAGCGGGCUGGUUGAGCUGUUCCAGACCCACAGUGUGGGCGUCGGGGUUAGAGCGACGUGA